AGGACGUAGUUUAGCGUCACAUCUUUCUUGAUCAUCAUCAUCAUCGUAAUACAAAGAUAGCUCGCGUAGAUACUUAUUUUCUACUAUACCUAUAAUGAAUUUCGUAACGAGCGAAAUAUGUUUAAAACGAUUUAAUCGUUCGUAAAAUAAAGUUAGUGAGUGAUUUUGUGCCAUCUAUUCGUCAAGGAAGAGACCGAAAUGAUCAUGUUAUCUUACAUUCGUCGCUAUUCGUCUGCCUAAAGUACCGACGAUCUUAGAGUCCCAAGCCCUUGUGACCUUUCCGUAGUCCGUGGUGACCUUCAAACGAAUCCAAGCGUGAAAAUCUGUGGCUCGUCGUCUAUCUGACUGAGCUGCGAGUGAUAGAAAACUGAUUUUUUUUCAACACUCGCGACGAAGGAGGAAAGACGAUCGAGCGAUUAAAGAUAAACUAGCAAAAUGUCUAAAGAACGUGCUUCCAGAAGAUUUUACCGUGUAGACAGUACCAAUGAUUUAUUAGAAUUUAUGGACCGUGGCUAUACGGCUCAACAUGAAAAUCGUUGGUAUUUUGAAGUUGCGUGGGAGGCUGCCAACAAAGUUGGUGGCAUUUAUACGGUGAUAAGAUCUAAAGCUUAUGUAUCUACCGAAGAAAUGGGUGAUCAGUAUUGUCUUAUUGGACCAUACAAAGAGUUUACAGCCAGAACUGAAGUCGAAGAGGCAGAUUUUCCUCAUCAUAAUCCAUUGAAUCAAGCUGUACAAAUUCUACGUGAUCAAGGAUUUAAAGUUGUAACUGGAACAUGGCUAGUUGAUGGAAAUCCUCAAAUAAUUUUAUUUGAUAUUGGAAGUGCAGCAUGGAAAUUAGAUGAAUAUAAACAAGAAAUGUGGAAUACGUGCAAUCUUGGUAUUCCUCAUUUAGAUAUUGAAGCAAAUGAUGCAGUAAUCCUUGGAUAUUUAGUUUGUCAAUUUAUUUCUGAAUUCAGAAAAGUAGCAGAACAAUAUUCUGUUAUUCCACCUCGAGUAGUUGUACAUUGUCAUGAGUGGCAAGCAGGUGUUGGAUUAAUUGCAUUAAGAACAAGACAUGUUGAUGUUGCAACUGUCUUUACAACACAUGCUACACUCCUUGGAAGAUAUUUAUGUGCCGGAAAGACUGAUUUUUACAACAAUUUAGAUAAGUUCAGUGUAGAUGAGGAAGCUGGGAAACGCCAAAUUUAUCAUAGAUAUUGUAUGGAACGAGCGGCUACACAUUUAGCACAUACAUUUACAACAGUAUCAGAUAUUACAGGAUUUGAAGCUGAACAUUUACUUAAACGCAAACCUGAUAUUAUUACACCAAAUGGAUUGAAUGUUAAAAAGUUUGCAGCACUACACGAAUUUCAAAAUUUACAUGCUGUCAGCAAAGAGAAGAUACACGAAUUUGUACGAGGUCAUUUUUAUGGACAUUAUGAUUUUGACUUGGACAAAACUUUAUACUUUUUUAUCGCAGGCCGUUAUGAGUUUGGAAAUAAAGGAGCUGAUAUUUUUAUAGAAGCUUUAGCAAGAUUAAAUCAUUAUUUAAAAACAUCAAGACCAGAUGUUACUGUAGUUGCAUUUCUUAUUUUUCCAGCGCGAACUAAUAAUUUUAACGUAGAAUCGUUACGUGGUCAUGCCGUAACCAAAGCAUUAAGAGAUACAAUCACUGAUAUACAGCACAAAAUGGGAAAAAGAAUGUACGAAUUAUGUUUGUCAGGUCGUAUGCCGGAUACACAAGACCUUCUUUUAAAAGAUGAUAUUAUAAAAAUCAAGCGAUGUUUGUAUGCUCUACAAAGAAAUGGAUUACCACCUAUUACUACACAUAAUGUUAUAGAUGAUUGGAAUGAUCCAGUCUUAAAUGCUAUUAGAAGAUGUAAUCUUUUUAACACAGUUAAUGAUAGAGUGAAGAUGGUAUUUCAUCCUGAAUUUUUAUCCUCAACAAAUCCAUUGUUUGGGUUAGAUUAUGAAGAAUUUGUUCGUGGUUGUCAUUUAGGAGUAUUUCCAUCUUAUUACGAACCUUGGGGAUAUACUCCAGCCGAAUGUACUGUCAUGGGCAUUCCUAGCAUAACAACAAAUUUAUCUGGAUUUGGAUGUUUUAUGCAAGAACAUAUAGCUGAUCCAAUGAGUUAUGGUAUUUAUAUCGUAGAUCGAAGAUAUAUUAGUUUGGAAAACAGUGUUCAACAACUUGCACAAUAUAUGUUCGAUUUUGCUCGACUUAGUCGAAGACAACGUAUCAUUCAAAGAAAUCGUACUGAGAGAUUGAGUGAUCUUCUUGAUUGGAGAAACCUUGGUAUUUACUAUCGUCAAGCUAGAAUAAAGGCAUUGACAACUGUUUAUCCUGAACUUGCAUCGGAGUAUGCAGAAGGUGCUGUAGGCAGAUUCAGUUAUCCAAGACCAAUCAGUGAACCACCUUCACCAUCAUCUUCAAGACAUACUACUCCUGCAGCUUCUGUUCAUGGUUCUGACGAAGAGGAUGAGGAGGAUGAAGUAGAUGAAGAAAAAGAGCUCGAAGAAUUGCGCUCAAAUGAAAAAUAAAUCUGAAAGUUAUGAUAGAAUUAUAUCCGGAAUUAUGUGCAUUCGAAUAUAUAAUAUAAUUUAUGAAAAUUUUAAUAUUAGUAAUGCCAAAAUAUUAAUUAUUAUUAAUUUUAUAGGGAGCAUCAUCAUUGCCUCAUUCCAACUAUAUUAUUACUUGCUUUUUUUUCUCAUUACCAUUUACAAUAUGUAAAAGAUAAAAUCGU